AAUCCAUCUCCAGUUCCACCCAGCACCCCUCUCCUUGCUCCACGACACGGCCGGCGUGCGUGGCAGUGCUUAUCUUUUUCGCCGGAGGUAGCAAGAGUGGCGAGAGUAGUUGACCAGCUAGGUAGGGGAGAGUGGCAGUCUGGCAGAGAAUGGUGGCGCCCGACCUGACCUGAGCAGAGCUGAGAUCCUCCUUUGCGCAUGCUUUCUUCGUCUUGCUCCGUCGCGGCGUGCGGCGUUCGUGCGUUCCGGCUCCUGGCCGUGGCCGCCGUCCGGCUCCCGAUGCUCCUCUUCUGCGACGCCAUGGUGUGGGCCGUCACCUUCCUCACCUUCCCCGUGCGCCUCCUCGCCGCCGCCGACAGGGAGCGCAAGCUGGAGCGGCUGGUGGGGGAGAUGCAGGGGCAGAUGGAGCGGGUGGUGUGGGAGAACAGGGACCUGGAGCAGCGGCUGCGGACGGCGCUCAAGGAGAACGCGACCAUGGAGGGCAUCCUCGACGAGAUGGAGGAGGAGAACGAGGAGGCCUUCGCCCGGAUCGACCUCCUCGAGAGCCAGCUCAAGGCGCUCAAGAAGGAGAACAUGCGGCUCAAGGAGCAGAGGGGCAAGUCCGUGUGGGACAAGGCGGCGGCCACGGCCACGGCGGCGACGGUGGCGGUGGCCGGAAAUGGCGGCGGCAAGAAGAAGCCUGGCGAAACGAGGGCAUGGGAAGGCCAAGAAGAAGAGGAAGAAGACGCGCCAGCGCAGAGGGACCAGCCGGUCGUCUUCAGACCCGGCGACCUCGACGCCUUCCCACCGUCGGAGGCGCGGGAUCAGCUGUUGCGGGCGACGGCGCGGCGGCGGAGCCUGUUCAGCCUGGGCAUGUCGCUGGCGGUGGGAGGGAUCGCGUGGUCGGCGGACGCGCCGUGCCUGCCGCUCCUCGCGGGGCUCGUCGGCGUGGUGGCCAUGUCCAUGUGCAGCGUGUCGCGCCUCUUCCGGGCGCCCGCAGACCACCGCGUCCUGCCUCCGGCGUCGGCGGCCUCCGACGGCGCCGUGGCGCUGCUGAGCCUCAACUGGUUCCUGCUGGGCGUGCUCACCUACCCGAUGCUGCCGGGCGUUGCGCGGGCCGUCGUCCCGCGCGCCGCGCGCCUCGCCGGCCCCGCCAUCGCGUGGCUCGCUGCCGCGGUGCCCGUUUGACGGCAUGAGGUGGCACCGCAGAGGGCAUCCCUGUGUAUCCGCGGCUCCGGUUCUCGAGCCUGUCUCUGUCUAUCCGUGCUGCAGCCGCCUCUGUUUUCUGAAGCUGUGCGAGUCGUUAUAGUAAAAAAGAAAAACUUCAUUCCGUUCUCCUAAACUUGAGCAUGUAAAAACGUAGGAUCUGCCCACGAGUACGUGUAUUGUCCUUCUCAGAUUCAAAUAACACACUAACAUCGUGGCUUUGAAUAA